AUGGGGUUUGUGGAUCUGCUCUCUGCUGCUUCUAUGCCUGUUCUGAAAGUACUCAUAAUCACUGCACUUGGUUCAUUUCUUGCCAUGCAUCAUAUUGAUAUUCUGGGACAAACUACAAGGAAGCAAGUCAAUAAUAUUGUCUUCUUUGUUUUCAAUCCUGCACUUGUGGCUACCAACCUGGCUACAACARUCACUUAUGAAAGCAUCGUAUCCAUGUGGUUUAUGCCUGAAAAUAAUCUUGCAACAUUCAUAAUCGGAUCAGCACUUGGAUGGAUGYUUAUCGUCAUUGYUGCACCACCUCAACAUCUAAAGGGCCUCAUUCUUGGGGCCUGUGCUGCAGGAAACCUGGGAAACUUGCCUUUGAUUAUUAUCCCAGCUGUAUGCAAAGAGGAAGGUAGUCCUUUYGGAGAUCCUGAUGUUUGCCAUCACUAUGCCAUGGCUUAUGCUUCRCUAUCUUUGGCUGUAUGGACCUUUUAA